AUGGUGUUCAUUACCGAAAGUCUUAUACGAAAACGAGCGGAACAUAACGAGGGCGAGUUAUCGACACUUGAAGAAGUGUCACUUCAUCAACAAGAUAUUGAACGAAUCGAACAUUUAGACAAAUGGUGUCGAGAAUUACGUAUUCUCUAUUUACAGAGCAAUCUCAUUUCCAAAAUCGAAAAUGUCGGUCGAUUGAAAAAGCUCGAGUAUCUCAACUUGGCUCUAAACAACAUAGAAUACAUCGAAAAUCUCUCAGAAGAAGUAAACACAACACGUUCUAUCGCUGAGCGAUCCAAAACAACAGGACAUCUAGUCAUUACCAUGCCCAAGAUCAAUGUUAAAGAAUCCAGAACAACAGAAAUCAAAAGUGAAGAGAAGAAAAGUUCAACUCCAUCGAAUUAUCUUGAACUUGAUUCUCGACCAGCGAAGAGCGUUGAUUACACUCAGAUUAUUAGUCAAAACAAAAAGAAUGCGCAAUUGAAAACAAGAGCAAUUCCACAAAAAGAACGAGAGAAUUCUGCUAAUUUUAUUGAUGAUCCUGACGUGCCGCCACUGAUCUGA